AUGUCAGAGAAAAGUGAGGUUGACGGGGCUCAACCGCCACUGAACCCUACAUUGGGCGACAACUCCCCAUCCAACAAUGAAGGAACUGAACCAGAUCUUCCGGAAAAGAGGUUAAAUGGUGGCCUGGAUGCCUGGCUAAGUGUUCUUGCGGGAUUCUGUGUUUUUGUGAAUUCUUGGGGCCUCUUGACGACCUAUGGCUCCUUUCAGGAGUACUACCAGACUGUGCUUCUACCAGAUGAGACACCCUCGACCAUCUCAUGGGUUGGUAGUAUUCAAGCCACCUUGAUCCCGAUGGUUGGUCUUGCCACAGGCCCAUUAGUUGAUGUCGGAUACCUACGACCUCUAAUUAUAUCCGGGAGUUUCCUGACUGUCUUUGGAAUGAUGAUGACCAGUCUCGCCACGUCCUACUACCAAGUCCUCCUAGCCCAAGGUUUCUGCGUCGGAAUGGGCGGUGGCAUCGCCUACAUCCCAGCCUUAGUCGUAAUCUCCACGAAUUUCACCCUAAAACGACCCAUCGCUAUUGGCUGCGCAUCAAUCGGAUCAAGCUCCGCUGCAUCGGCUUUAUCAGUCUGUUUCUCGCCAUCGUCGCCUGCAUCAUCCUCUGUCGGCAUCCGGGUCAAAAAGGCUCACGCAAGGAGUCUCAUUGAUUGGAAGGCUUUCCGUGAACCUUCCUUUAUGAUGUUUUCGCUGUCACUGACCUGUGUCAUGCUCGCGUACUACGUUCCCAUUUUCUAUGUCGCUUCUUAUGCGCGCACAGCUGUGCAUACCACGACCAGUUUGAGCUUUUAUAUGGUUGCUAUCGUUAACGGCUCUUCGGUUAUUGGUCGUGUCGUGCCGUACCUUCUGGUUGCAUAUAUCAAGCCAAUCGGGAUUCUGUUAUUUGCAGUAUCGGCCUCGGCCAUUGCUAUGUUCACUUGGAUUGCUGCUACCGGCACUGGUGGUUUUAUUGUGUGGUCUUGCUACUGGGGAGCUUUAAGUGGUGUUUUGGUCACUGCACCUACGUCUAUUGUGGCACAUCCAGUGUUCUGUCCGGACUCUACAUUCCUAGGGACACGCUUGGGGAUGAUGUGGGGAAUUUCUUCUUUUGGGGCUUUGGCUGGAACGCCUAUUGCGGGUGCUCUGGUGAAUCUGGAUACUGCGUACUUUUUGCGUGCGCAGGUCUUUGCUGGGUGUAUGAUGGUUGGGGCGGUUUUGUUGCAGCUUUGGCCUGCUUUCAGGGUUAUUCGAACAGAUUUAAAGAAACUCAGAGAAAAGCGUACGAAGGCGCAAUCAUGGCUGCAUCUACAUCACCAGAAGCACAGAGCUGCUUUUGGCAAGUUGAAUGGAGUUGCCGCCAAAGUAGCAAUACCCGCUUAA